AUGUCAUCAGCUAAAGUUAUUAUUGUAUCUUCAGAUAAUGAAAAGUUCCCAGUUGAACCAAAGAUUGCUGAAAAAUCUAUUUUGAUUAAAAACAUGAUCAAUGAUUUACAUCCAGACGGGUUGGAAGAAGAUUUUGAAAUUCCAACUCCUAAUGUUAGAGCCAAUGUAUUGGCCAAAAUAUUAGAAUGGUGUCAACAUCAUAAAAACACGGUUUUCCAAGAUGAUGAAGAUGAAGAUGCUAAGAAAUCUGUGCCUGUUGAAGAAUGGGAUAGAAAUUUUUUGAAAGUUGAUCAAGAAAUGCUUUAUGAGAUUAUUUUGGCCGCUAAUUAUUUGAACAUCAAACCUUUAUUAGAAAGUGGAUGUAAAAUGGUUGCUGAAAUGAUCAAGAGUAAAUCACCAGAAGAGUUAAGAAAAACUUUUAAUAUUAUCAAUGAUUUCAGUCCUGAAGAAGAAGCCGCCAUUAGAAAAGAAAACGAAUGGGCUGAAGAUAGAUAA